AUCUCUUUCUCCAUUUUAGCUUAGAUAAUUAUAUUCUCUCGUCUCUCUCUGAUACGGAGUAUAUAUUUUUAUUUUUAUUUUUAUUUUUUUGAAUUAUAUUUAUAUUUUCAAAUUUUCACAUCGUAUCAGCUUUAUUCCUCUCUCUUUGAUUUUUCUCGCACACAUUUUCUCUCUCUCCAUCUAUUUUAAUGAACAAGUGGAUCUGGUGUUUGUUUUAAUCAAUUCUUGACUAGGGUUCUGGGGAUUCUUAAAUAUUGUUAAUUUCAAUUCUCCCAUUGUAACGAUUCUGAUUUUGUCUGACCUUCAACAAAGAUUUCAGCUGGAAACACAAAUGAAAAAAAAUCGAGUCUUGGAUUCUACGAUAUAAGACACUGGAUUUUCAUCUGGAAAGAUUUAAUUUGCAGAGGUCGCUGGAUCCAGGAGACGACAAUGUCGUGUGAAAGUGACGAGAGGAAUUCCAACAGUGGCACAGAUCCCCCGCCUGUUGACGAUGGUAUUGAAGGGAAUGUCGGUGGGAAUGGCCCACUUAAAAAAGGUCCUUGGACUACUGCAGAAGAUGCAAUCUUAAUUGAAUAUGUUACAAAACAUGGAGAGGGAAACUGGAAUGCAGUUCAGAAACACUCAGGUCUUGCCCGCUGUGGAAAGAGUUGUCGUUUGAGGUGGGCGAAUCACCUCAGACCAGAUCUUAAGAAAGGUUCAUUUACAGCCGAGGAGGAGAGUCUCAUAAUUAAACUCCAUGCCAAUAUGGGAAACAAAUGGGCUCGAAUGGCUACUGAGUUGCCUGGCCGCACAGACAAUGAGAUUAAGAAUUACUGGAACACCAGAAUCAAAAGAAGACAACGUGCUGGCCUACCACCUGAUAUCUGUGUGAAGUCGUUGAACGAUAACCUGCAAAGUGACGAUACGAGUAAUUUAUCAUCUGGUAAUCUGCAUCAUCCAGAACUCAAGUCAAUUCACAUUCCACGAGUGGAAUUUAAGAAUUUUGACGCACAGGGCCUUCUUGAUUUUCCUGCUAAUAACUGGCUUGAUAUUUCCGCAAGUAGCCUGCUUACUCAGGGUCCAAACUCUCCAUACGAUAACAAGUCCUUGCUCCCAGCAGUUCAUCCAUCCAAGCGUUUUCGAUGGUCCGAACCAGUGUUCAAUGGCUUAAAUGCUCCUACCUGUAAUGUUUUCCCUGGUGGGAAUCAGUACCAUAUUGAUAAUUCUACACAAAUUGGUAAAUCUUCGGUGUUCUCUGCAUAUGAUCAUAAUCCUGUAACUUACCAUGCAAGAGCUUCGAGUUUACCUAACGGCAGCCAUGCCGUCUCAAAUGGCCACUCUUCUUCAGAGCCUUCUCGGGCAAUGAAGCAGGAGCUCCCUUCACUCCAAACUCAGAUGGGUACUUGGGCCUCACCCUCACCCUCUUCUCCUUUGCCUUCCGUUGAUACCUUACACCAAACGCCUCCAAAUGAGCAGAAUAGCGGUCUAUUAGAAGCAGUAAUCAAUGAAUCAGACGCUAUAAGAAACUCCAAGAGCAACAGUGCUCUGCACACUCCACAUGAUUCCACUAUUAUGGAUGACUCAGAAUAUACUCUCCACGAGUUGGAAUGGGAAGCAUAUGAAGAACAAAACUCUUCUUUAGGUCAUUCUUCCUCAUCGGUGUUCAGUGAAAACUCGUUCGAUGAGCCCUUUUCCAUGGGUUUUCCAGUUAACGAAGAAGCAAUGAACGGGGCUCGAAUGCCAUAUGCUAAUAAUGUUGAGACAAGAAACCAGAUGAUUUUUUCCAGACGGGAUUUCUCAGUUGCCUCAAACUGCUUGGGCGCAGUGGAACACAAGCUAAAAGAUGCAGCAAUAUUUCUUGGUGGCGAUUUGAGCAGAGAAAGCAAAGCAGUCGAUGCAGUGGAAACUUCAUCUACUCCAGGCUACAUUGAUCAUGAUUUCGGUACUUGGAACAUUGUGCCUAACAUCUAGUCCACUGGUUUGCAUUCGAGAAAACUCAAAUUUUCAAUAGCCUCUGGAUAUGUCUUCUAUUUUCUAUUUCUGUGGAACAACUUUCUGGCCUUAAUAUUGGGGGCAGAAAUGGCUUAUUUUUCAAGAACAAUUCUAUGAUGCUUGGCCAUUGA